AUGCAAAUCAUCAAAAAUAAGUAGUAAUAACAGUAAACUCAAUAAAAUCAGAGAAAAGCCAGCAAUAAUUAGGCAAAGGCAAGUUCAAAUGGAUACUAAAGUGCAAAAGAUAGCAAUUAAGGCAGUCAAACACUUCAAAAGUUCAAGGAGAAUCAGAGUGAGGUUCAAGACUAGCUCAACUAGCUCAUGCACAAAUACACAUCAAUUCCUCAGAAAUCCAUGAAAUCAGAAUCUAAUGCUCCUAGUACAGGUCACAACUCAGAUAAAAACUCAUUUCAAAAUAUCAAUACAAAUAGCAAUAAUAAUCAUCUAAAUCACCAUAUAACUCAGCAAUAAACUAUAGGCAAUCAAGCUAAACAUGUGAAAAACAAUAAAUCUCAGAGGGCUUAGCAUUUUUCUUAGAUUGAGAAGCCAAAUGACUUACAUUUAAGGAUGAGUUGCUUUGGUAUUCCUUAGGAAACUGAGGCAGAGGACUAUGAUAAUCUUGAGUAAUUUGCAAAUGACUAUUUUUACGAGGAAAACGACAUCCCUCUGCCUUUGACUUUUCAUAAUCAGGCUUAGUAGCAGAUUUUAAGCAACCAAAAGCAAGGCUCUGGAUUAAGCAAUUAUAAAAGCAACGAUGUGAAUAGUUAUAUCUAGCCUUAGUUGUCUAAAUCACCAAAUCCAAUAUUGGUAAAUAGCAAUAUGAUAAGCACACCUACUUCAAUAAUUGAUGUAAAAUCUUCUCAGCCUAAUCCUAUGCAAAUACUUAAUCAGUUCAAUCUACAGUAAAAUCAUAGAAAUCCAACAUAACCAUUGAGUCUUGGCUAUCUGUCACACCACAUAUAAAAUUUCGAUACAUAACCGCUGCUCAGAGAUAAAAAGAAAUCUAUAUCGACGGCUACUUCUAAUUCGACCAAUGGGACUUUCACUAACUUAACUGGUUCAAAUUAAAAUCAUAAGAGAUAAAGUGGUUUUAAUGGCAUGUCCGAAAAGGUUUAGAAUCAAAAGGGUGACACUAAUAGUCAAUAGAACUCUAGCAAAGAGCCUCAUAAGAAGUCUCAAAGUCUUUAUAAUAAGAAAAUAGUUGAUAUUAUUACUGGUUUAUAGCAAUCACUUGGAGUAAUCGCCAAUAAUGUACAAAAUAGUUUUAACCAUGAGGACAUUUAAUCUAAAUAACAGCAGUAAAAGACUCUACUAGAAUCGGCUUUACUUGCCUAAAAAUUAGCAUAAAUGACAUAGGGUUUUAGAAAAGAGAGUGCUCAUGAUAAAAAGAGUCAAGAGGUUAAUGGCUUGACAAAUAACAUUGGUACUUUCAACAUGAAAACCGGUAAAAUUUCUGAUGCAAACAAUACAAAACGGAAAUCUAUGAAAAUUCAAAGUAACUUAUCUGGCAGGGGAUCUCUUAAUGUAGUUCAAAAGCACAAAGCAGGGUUUAAAACAUUGGAAGAUGCUUAGCAAGAUGGUAAAAAGCAGUCUAACAACUCAAACAGAAUGUCCAUUGAUUUCUAGCAGCCAAUGCGUAAGAUGUAGAGCAAGGUGGUGCACCAAAGAAACAGAUCAGAUCUUUAGAAUCCUAGGAAAAAUCUAGUCUAAGCAGUUAUUCUAAGUGCUAAUCAAAUUGUAGCUUCAGGAAAUCAUACCAAACAGAACACUCUGCUAACUUGCUCAAAUUCAUCUAUAGAGGGUAACCCUUUGAACAGUCAACAUCACAUCAAUCAAAUAGUUUAAGACGAUUUAAUACUAACUUAGCAAACAGCCAAUCAUGGCCUGCCAAGUUCAGCAAAAAGUCUAAACCGCAUAAAUCAAGCUAUAAAUAAACAAGCAAUAAUUCAAUCAUGUUCUAAUGCCACUAAAAGCUCAAAGAAAAGCGAGAUAUGUGGCUCAAUAGAUAAUACAACGAUGAGCGAUGCAAUAUUUGCUAAGUAUAAGAGUGCUAUGACUGGCCCAUAAUCCAGUGGACAGCAAAGUAUGGUUGCAAACACCAUGGAAAUCCCAAGACAAUCUCUAGGCUAGUUACCUCAGUUUCACAGAUCUAACACAAACCAGUUUAGCUCAAACGAGAGACUGUCUGAAGCCAAUAAUCAGCAUAAGACUACAAAGUUAGUGAUAUCGAAUGGGGAUUCCUUGGACAACUAUGAAGUCAAGCUUAAAAGUGCUGCUUCUUCUCCCACUCUGCAUGGAUCUUAGAAUCAAAUACCAAUUAGUACUAAUCAAAUUAAAAGGAAGUAUCAUCAAUAAUCAUAGUCUAACACUGUCUUCGAUUUUGGAAUCAAUCAAAACAAGAUUAAUUAGAUGGGAUAGGGAUCAGGAUUAGUGAUACCAGCCUCUACAAUAAUUCAACCUGAUAAAGUUAAGCCUGUUAAUAACACUAAGAAGAAAAACCUUAUAGUAGGAGGUGGUUCUAAGAAAGAUAAUGCAGCUAACUCAAAGUCUGAGUAAAACACUAACUCUAAUAGCAAUAACAAUACAGGCACCAAUCAUAAACGCUCAACUUCAGAUGGCUCAUCACUCACCAAGAUGUUUCACUUCAAGCAGCAGAUGCUUAUUAAUAAGAUCUUCUAGCAGUAGAACUCAAAAGAGAACAUCAUACCAUCUACUGCUGUUGCAGCUGUAUAGAAUACAUAGCACCAAAAAACUAAAGGUUCAGAUGUCAAUGGAACUUAGAGUAAAAAGCAAAGAGCGAGCAUGAGUAAGAAUCAUCAUCCUCAGGAUCAGUAGCAGCAGUAAAAAGGAGCUAAGAAGAGUAAGGUCUAGGUAAUCAGUAGUUUGUCCUCCAAAAGACUGUCAAAUGAAGAGAAUCAAGAGAAUAUGAUUAACAACAUCAAUCUGCACAGUCCAAGAACACAACAAUAGCAACUGAAGAAUCUGGGAAAAAUGAUCCCUACUAAACUUAUAACAAAUGCUCCUGAGUUUGAUGUUAAGAUAUCGUAAGAUAUGAAAGCCUUUCUCCAGAAGUUCAAGGAUAAGACUAAUGUUGUCAAUCCACUAGGAUUAAGUAGUGGAGCUGUGUAAUAUGACUCUUAGCAAUAAAAAUAACUGCUGAUCUAAGCAAUAACUCAGCAAUAAAAUUAAGCACUGUUGAAGUAAAGUCUGGAUGAUGUUUCAUAUAUGACUCAAAAGACAAGCAACAAACAAUCAGAUCAAAAUUAUGGACUCUCAAAACAAAAUACCAAUACUCAGAAACUAUAGGAUAGCACUUCAUAUCAUUAAAAUGAAAAUACCUAGAAUAAGCGCUAAUCAAUGCAAUAAUAGCAAUAACUGUCAUCUAAAAACUCAAACAAAAUGGGUUAAAGCCACAAAAGAGCAAAGUCUGAUGCUUAGAAACAAUUUUACUCAUAGUAGAAUCAAUAAUAGCGAGCCUAGAAUAUCAUCAUCUAAGCUAACUAAGCUAGUAGCAAUCAUCCACAAGGAAAAUAAUAAAAAAUGUUCUUUUUAAAUCUUAAUUAGCAAUAGCAAUAGUUGUGCAAAGAGGAUUAUGGCUAGGUUAUGACUUCUCAACAGAUGUAGUAGUAGUAAUAAUAAUAACAUCAGUAAUUGCAAUAAUUGCAAGGAUAGAAUACUAAAAACAAUUAUGAAAAUUAUCAGUUGAUAUAUGGGAAUUCAUAGUAAAAUAACUUCAUCUACAGUGCUCGAGCCUCUCCAUCAAGUAAAAUCAACUAUUACAACUUUGAUGAGAGCUAGCGUAACAUUGGCAGCACUAUAACAAAACCUUUCCUACCUACAGCCAGAAGUGAGACUUCAGCAAAGCAGACAAAAAAUGCUAUGAGCAACUAGACUACUCAGAAAAAGAACACCUAUCAUUAGAACGCAAAUAAUAACUUCAUUGCUAAUUAGUAGCUUUAACAGACUGCUAAUGCUAAUCAUAACAGACUGAUAGAAAGUGUAAACACCAAGCUAGUAUAUAAUGAUUAAAAUCUUGAUUAAUUAUUCCUCGGCGGUGGUAAUAAGUAUUUAGGUGGCAGUGCUGUAAACAUUUUACAGUCACAGUAGUUUAACAAGUUAGCUAGCAUCUUAUAUGGAGAUGGUAAUAAUGCUAACAACAACCUUAUUACCUAUUCAAAUCCUAAUAAAAAUAAUCAUGCUAACAAUAACAAUGAAGUGCUGUACUCUACCCUUGAUGAUAAUGAGAGUCUGAUAUUUAACAGCAACCAUUUGAAUAUGAACUUCAAUAAUAACAGCAACAGCAAUAAUAUGUUUGGGCAAGCUGACUUAAGUCUGCAAAUAAUUAAUAAGAAAUUGAUUGGAAGUGACAAGUCACUCAGGAAUCUUGAGAUGUAGUCUCAUAAUUAGUCCCCAAAAAUGAAGGUAAUGCCUACACCUAAAUUAGUACAACCUGGUGGAGUAUAGAUCUCUAAUUUCAAUCAAUACGAAGAUAUCUAAUUCCAAAACUAAUAAGUUAGCACUAUCUAGUCACAGCAAUAAGCCUAUUCAACUUAUCAGCAUUAAACAUAUGAAAUGAAUCAAUUAAAUGCUAAGUAGAACAAUUUAGACAGAAUGAUAUAAAAUCAAGCGGCCCUUGCCAGUAAUUACAACACUAACCCAAAUCCAAAUAAAUGUGAGUUUGAUGGCAAUCAAUUCUAGACUUUUGAGUCUAAUCUGACUACUCACACAAUGAAUAAUAUGACACCAAGAGCAAGGGACAAGCAUCGUCUUGUCAAGUAGAUUAAGUUAUCUUUUAAUAAGCUUAAGGAGCCAAUCAAAACCUCUUCAGACUUUUAUAGAAUCGGUAAGAUGCUUGGAAAGGGAGCGUUUGGCAGAGUGAACCUUGCCAUCCAUAAACUUUGCAAUCAUCUAGUGGCAGUUAAAUCUAUCAACAAGUAAUUCCUCUCAGAGGAUGAAAACUCUAAGAAAAAGAUGAUGCAGGAGGUACUCAUUUUACAAAAGACUAGACAUGACAAUCUAGUCCGGCUAUAUGACUCAUUCGAGACUAAUAAGCAUAUAGUUUUUGUAAUGGAACUUUGUGCUGGAGGUGAUCUACUUAACUAUGUCAGAAAGAGAAGAAAGCUUAAGGAAAAUAUUGCCAAGUAUGUAUUUAAGCAAGUAGUUGAUGGUCUACACUAUUGUCAUUCCAAAGGCAUAGUACACAGAGACAUGAAACUAGAUAAUUUGCUGUUUGAUGAACAAGGAGUUGUGAAGAUUUGUGACUUUGGUGUCUCAAAAUUGUUAUCAUCUUCUUAGGAGAUAAUGACAGAGCAAUGUGGCACACCAGCAUACAUCGCUCCAGAGAUUUUAAAAGACAAAGGCUAUAAGGGAUUUGGAGUUGAUAUUUGGUCACUCGGAGUGUGUUUAUAUGCAAUGCUAUUCGGAACAGUACCAUUUAAAGCCAAUAAUAUGAGUGAGCUGCACCAACUUAUUCUCAAAGCGAAGUAUUCAAUGAAAGAAGAAUUGAAACCAGGUGAAUUACCACUCAGUGAAGAUGUCAAAUCUCUCUUGAAAUCGUUAUUAGAGCCAAGCCCUGAUAAGAGAAUAACGAUUGAGGGAAUUCAGUAGCAUCAAUGGCUUCUGGAAAUAAGUGACCAAUAAGACAUCGAGAUCUUUACUUAGUAAGAAUUGGAGACUAUAAGAAAGGACUUUACUUAUCAGGAUAUGAGUAGAUAUCAAAGAAACAAGUUGCUUAAAAUGAAGAUUGAAAAGUAAAACUAGGAGAACGGAGGAGCUAACGGAUGUGGUGCAGGCGGUAUUGUGACGACUGAAGAGAACCUGUUUACUGAGCAUGCACUAGAUAGCACCUAAAAUGUCUUAAUGAGAAAUUGCACAACUAAGUCUGUCAUUUUAGCUCCUUUCAACAGCACCAGGACUCAUCUAGUUAGAGAGGAUUUAGAAGGUGAGGAAUUGGAAGAAAAUCUAGACGAUAGCAGAGCAAACAUUCCACCUUUAGAGAUUGAUCAGGCAAUGAUGGCUGAUAAGAGAGUGAUCAAGUAUGCUCCAAGGGUAAAAGACAUCAACAGAUAGUACGAGAUGAAUAACAACUGCGAGUUGGACAAUGGUGUUUACAAUAAGUUUGUCAAGCAGUCAACUAAUGGUGAAGAUAAAAGUGAAAAUGACCAAGACAAGUCUGAAAAUUCAUUAGUUACUUCAAUGAAUGGAGAAGGUGACUUGCUAGGAGGAAGAUAGAACGAGUAUGUGGCUCCAUUAGUGUCUUAAAAUUCAGAUGAAGAAGUCGAAGCUGAGUUAAUCAAGAGAAACCAAGCUUAGUGUAAAUCAGAACUACAGUAAAUGUAGACAUUCCUGCAGAAACAAAAGACUGAGUUCAAGCAGGUGCCUGAUGAGCCGAUCCUGAUUGACUAUGAAGUAGUGGAAAGGGUUGAAGUCUUUGGCUAUCCCAGAUAGUUUAUCAUUGAUAGUAUUGAGAAAUACGAUAUGAACGAUGCCGCUACGAACUAUUAUCUUUUAGAUAAGGAGAAACAACAAAUUGAAGACUUCCAAGGCUACCUCCAAUGA